GGCUAAAAACAGAAAAAGAAUUCAAGGAAGGAGGGAGGAAACGGACAAUUUUCAAUUUGUAGAAUAUUCUGUGAUUUGUGAAGAGGUUAAUGAUUCAGCAUACGUAAAAGUGUUGUUAAAAUAUGUCUUAUUAGUUUUGUUGAACUUUAUUUUAAGUUAAUAUCUUGGUUUCUUGUGUACGAAUCUUAAAUCUCAGUCGAACGACAACCACAUAAAAAUGGCGACGGAUCCAGCGAAAAACCGCAUGCAUGUUUUCAAGAACACAGGCAAAGAUGUCGAUGAGAUGCGCAGACGACGAAACGAAGUGACAGUCGAGCUCAGAAAAAAUAAAAGAGAAGAAACGCUUCAAAAACGUCGUAAUGUACCCAUCAGUGACUCGACAGACGAAGAUGAGAUCGAGAGGACGUUGGCCUCUACAGAUCUUCGGGAGCUAGUUAUGAAUGCGGCAAACGCCGAGAAUCCUGAAGUUCAACUUUCAGCCGUGCAGCAAUGUAGAAAGCUACUUUCUUCCGACAAAAAUCCACCAAUAGAUGAAUUAAUCGACACUGGAAUUCUCCCCAUUCUUGUUAACUGCUUAUCUAGAGCAGACAACCCUACCCUGCAAUUCGAAGCGGCGUGGGCUCUUACGAAUAUUGCGUCUGGAACAUCUGCGCAAACUAACAAAGUGGUUCAUGCUGGAGCAGUGCCAUUAUUCUUGCAAUUACUUAUGUCACCACAUGAGAAUGUAUGUGAGCAAGCUGUCUGGGCUCUUGGUAAUAUUAUCGGUGAUGGCCCUAUUCUCCGUGAUUUUGUUGUUGAAUUGGGAGUUGUCAAACCUUUAUUGAGUUUCAUUAAGCCUGAGAUACCUAUAUCAUUUUUGCGUAAUGUGACAUGGGUUAUUGUGAACCUGUGCAGAAGUAAGGAUCCCCCACCACCAAUCAAGACUAUCCAAGAAAUUCUACCUGCUCUUAAUGUACUCAUCACCCACAGUGACAUCAACAUUCUUGUAGACACAGUAUGGGCCAUCAGCUAUUUAACAGAUGGGGGCAAUGAUCAGAUCCAAAUGGUAAUAGACUCGGGUAUUGUGCCCAAACUAAUCCCACUUCUCUCACACAAGGAGGUGAAGUGCCAGACAGCAGCUUUAAGAGCUGUGGGUAACAUUGUAACAGGAACGGAUGAACAAACUCAAGUUGUUCUUAACUGUGAUGCAUUGUCACACUUCCCAGCCUUGCUCUCACAUCAGAAAGAAAAGAUCUGCAAAGAAGCAGUGUGGUUCUUGUCAAACAUAACGGCUGGUAAUAAACAACAAGUACAGGCAGUCAUUGACGCUGGUCUCCUGCCCAAGAUUGUGGAAAACCUCAGCAAAGGUGAAUUCCAGACGCAAAAGGAGGCGGCUUGGGCAGUCUCCAACUUAUGUAUCAGUGGCACUAAGGAACAAGUAGCUACUCUAAUCCAAUGCGGAGUUAUACCCCCUCUGUGCAAUCUCCUCUCAUGCAAGGACACACAAGUUAUUAAUGUGGUACUAGACGGUCUCUCUAACAUGCUAAAGAUGGCCGGAGAGAGUGCAGAACAAGUGGCCAACAUGAUUGAGGAGUGCGGAGGUAUUGACAAGAUUGAGGAAUUGCAGUCUCAUGAGAAAGUGGAGAUUUACAAGAUGGCGUAUGAUAUCAUUGAGCAGUACUUUGCUGAUGAGGAAGAAGACGCGACCCUCGUGCCUCCAACAGCGGAACAAUCUUUCCAAUUCGAACCCGCGCCCAGCGGUCCCCACGACGGCUUCCGCUUUUAGACUUAGCCCCACGCCCCACAUCCGCACACAUCGACGUCCCAUUCCCCGAAGCGGGGCGAAUAACACCGUUCAAGUGGGAGUCAAUGAACUGUCGAAAUUUUCGCUGGAAAUCUCCCCUUUGAAUGCUGUUAUUGAUAUUUUUAAUUAUGUAUAGUGAUUGUUAUGCGAAUUGAGUCGAUGUGUGCUUUAAGUGGAUCAACGAGCGAAUGUUGAUUUUGAUCGUUCGUCGUUCCACGCGUCGAGCAAAAAGGCCUUAGCACCGUGAUCGUUGUAAAGUUCGCGUUUUUUUUUAAUUAUUAAAUUUGACUAUCGGUGCUGUGGCUUCGUUGUGAUACAGGUAUUGUGAUGUUUGAGGAUUUUCUUUUUUCAUCUUUUCAUUGGGCUAAAGUUGUGAGAGCCAAUUGGUGAAAAUUCAUUUGAGUUUUUUUUUUAUAAAUCUGUUUGAAAGCAAACUUAACUAUUUUAAAUUUGUGUGUCGACAAAUUCAUGGUUGGGACUGUUUGUAGACGUAAUAUAUAAAAAAAUUAUGUAUGUCUUAAAUGUUAUUGAAAUAAACUUUACAUUGUGUAUUUUUUUUAUUCUCCUCGGUGAGUAACUAAGUGCUGUGUUCAGUCUAAAUUUUAACGCUGUCUAGAUAAUAAGGUCUCGGAAAUUGAAGAAAAUUCUCACAUCUUUAGCCCCAAGACGGACGACAUAGCAAGUAAGUCCGGACAUUAGUGUACUCCGCUUACACAUUGCUUUUGAUAACAUAGUAUUUAUGUUUCGACUUAACUCGGGUGGGACACGUGAUUAUGUUCGGAAUGAACCCAUUUGUAACUAUAUUACAAUAAAUUCUGUCCAAUUA